GGAAACUAGUCGCAGUCAGACACAAUGGGUGCUCUGGAACCGUGGCAGGAAAUCGUCGCGCAAAAAAGGCGGCUCAGGGAUGCGGCAUUGAAGCCCUAUCUCGUCGAAGAUAUUCACCUAAGGUCCGAGAGAGUGGCCAAUGUUGCGGAUAGAUCUCGCAUUGAACCUCAGGCUGCUCAGGCCAUCACUGAAAUCGACAGCAUUGAGCAACUGCAUGAAUCCAUUUGCCGGGGAGAAUUCACUGCUGAGGAUGUCACGCUGGCAUACAUCAAAAGAGCAACGGUCGCACAUCAACUGACGAAUGCUCUCACCGAAAUAGUAUUCGAAGAGGCACUUGAGCAAGCCAGGGAACUCGACAGAUCGUUCAAAACAACAGGGAAGGUCAGGGGACCGCUUCAUGGAGUGCCCGUCACGUUAAAGGACCAGUUUAACAUCAAAGGUGUCGAUACGACACUGGGAUAUGUAGGGCGUUCAUUCUGCCCGGCGGCAGAAGAUGCCGUUCUGGUGCAGAUUCUGAAAAGCCUGGGAGCUAUCAUCAUCGCAAAGACAAAUUUAAGCCAGAGUAUCAUGUGGUGUGAAACUGAAAACCCCCUUUUCGGCCUGACGGUGAAUCCACGCAACUCUAAAUUUACCUCUGGAGGCUCGACGGGAGGAGAGAAUGCGUUACUGGCCCUCCAUGGCUCAAUUCUAGGAAUAGGAACGGAUAUUGGCGGCAGUAUUCGCAUUCCCCAGAACAUGGUAGGCUUAUAUGGGCUGAAGCCGAGUAGCGGCCGCUUUCCCUACUAUGGCGUCCCCGUCUCGACGGAGGGUCAAGAACACGUCCCAUCCUCCGUAGGCCCCAUGACACGCGAUCUCCCCUCGAUAAUAUACGUUACCAAACACCUCGCCAACUCGCAGCCAUGGACGCUCGACCCACGCUGCGCCCCCCUCCCCUGGCGCAACGAGAUAUUCACCGAAAUCCAGUCCCGCCCUCUGAUAAUCGGCCUCAUCGUCGACGACGGCGUCGUAAAAGUCCACCCACCAAUCCAGCGCGCUCUGCACGAACUAUCCGCCAAACUCCAAGGCGCUGGCCACGAAGUCAUCCCCUGGAAAACAGACGGUCACCAAGAAUGUGUCGAUAUCAUGGACGCGUAUUACACCGUGGAUGGCGGCGAAGAUAUCCGCAACGACGUCAUGGUUGCAGGCGAGCCGUUCCUCCCGCACGUCGAGAAGCUCGUGAACAAGGGCAAGGCAAUCUCCGUCUACCAGUACUGGCAGCUGAACAGGCGCAAGGUCGCGGUGCAGAAGGGGUAUUUGGAUAAAUGGAACCGGACGCGUGCGCCCUCGUCGAAUCGGACGGUGGAUGUACUGCUUACGCCGACCAUGCCGCAUGUUGCUGUGCCGCACCGUUGUUGCCGCUGGGUUGGGUAUACGAAGGUGUGGAACUUUUUGGAUUACACGGCGCUGACCUUUCCUGCUGGCAAGGUUUGCAAGGAGAAGGAUAAACUUCCUGUGACGCCUUAUGAGCCGCGGAACGAGCUUGAUGAGUGGAAUUGGGGAUUGUAUGAUGCUGACUCGAUGGCGGGAUAUCCAGUUAAUCUGCAGAUUGUGGGGAAGAAAUUGGAGGAGGAGAAGGUCUUGGGUGCAGCUGUGGUGAUUGAAAAGGUUUUGCGGGGAGUGUAG